AUGCCUCGGAAGAAGCCAAAAUUGACGGAAAAGGAACGCAGGGAGCAGGAACGUCAAAAACAGGAAGAAGCAGAAAGGGAAAAACGACAUGAACAAGAACGUUUAAAGGAAAAACAAGCUAAAGAUGAGAAAGAAAAUGCUUUGCGAAAGGUCAUGAUCGAUUUGACAACAAAACAUUUUGAAAGAGUGCAAGAACAAGUGAAAGUUUAUAAACAAAAUGAAAAUGAAGAAAAAAUGUGGCAAAAAUACUUGGAUCCCGAAGCAACACCAAAUACUGAAAAGCCUUCUGAACUAAGAACCUUUUUACAUCAAUGGGAGCUAGAUGAAGAACGUCAAAAGAAAAAUCGCAUCGAUCCGCGCCUCAUGUUGGAUGAACGAAGUCUCCUCAGUCAAGACGUCUCCACAGUUGACAAAAGACUCAAAAAGUUUCAAGAAAUCCGAAAACCAAUUGGUGACACAUUUCUUCCCAGAAUCAAACAAAUUUUGACCAUCAACUCUGAAAUAAAUGAUUUACUGACAGAAAAUGGAAAAACUUUGUCCGACAGAAUUUACAACGAUCUGAAAAGUCUUCAACUGAUUUUUCGCAAGCAACUUUCGAAACAUUUGGAUAAAUGGUCUUUUGAAAUUCUCUGUGAUAUUGAUCGCGAUAUGAAAUUAUUGGAUCCCAUCACUGCCGAAUAUAAUUACGAAUCGGAAUUUGUUAAUCAGUUUUUGUGGACUUUUCGGGAAGUGCCGUUGCCACCAAAUUAUACAAAAGUGAAUUUUGUUUCAAUGGCUGCUUGUAAAACGGAAUUUACAAAGUCAAAUUUGAUGGAUUUAGCAAAUCAAAGUUUACGAGGAUUAUUUUUGAAGUUCGAUCAUUUGAGUGACUAUUGUUCAACUUACAAAAUAGCAAUUCAACUGUGCGAGUCUUUUGAUUUGAAAAAUGAAUUGGAAUACGAACAAAAUCUUUUGAUGGAAUUAAAAUUAAAAAAAUUGGAAAACAUGAAGGAAGAAAGACGAUUGUUUGAGGAGGAAAGACAACGUACGGCAGAAGAAGGAAAAUUAACUAAAAAAGCAGAAACUCCGACAAAGAAGGGGAAAAAUGAAAAGACAAAAAAGAAGAAAACGAAAAAAAUUAAAAAGGAAGAGGAAAUUGAAGAACCGCCAAUAGUAGAUGAUGACACGAUUGUCGAUGUAACAGAAGAGUUUAUGGCUAAAUUGAAAGAAAAUUUUUCGAAUGAGAAGGAAAAGUUGGAUCCAGUUUACUUGGACUUGGAAAGUGAUGAAGUAAACCUUAGAGAAAUGAUGGUCCUUGGAGGCGUUUAUUCUUUCCAUUUACUUCGAAGACCUCGACAAACAAAAUUUAUUGGUGAAAACUUUUUGAUUACUUUAAUCGAUGAACCGGACAUUUUAAAGUACGAAAACUUCUUUUACGAUUACAUCGAAUCACCAAAACCUCGUUUAUCUUUGAUGCAUUUGAAAAAUGUCAAACGACAAUCAAUCUUUCCAAAGUCAACUGAUGUCCGCGAACCCGCUGAGAAACGACGAACCACACUUUACAUCCAAGAACGACGAACUACUGUAAUAAAUCAAGAAUUUGAGGAAGAACAAAAACGUUGGGUAUCGGAAAACGAGUUAAAUCAGAAAAAUCUCUUCGAAUUGCGGAUAAAAGUCUCUGACGAUGUCUUUUGGUGGGAACCACCUUCCGUUUGUCGCUGGGAGCCAUGGGAAGAAAGUGAAACUUUUAAAAAUUUAAGUCCAGCGAUGCAGAAUUUCAACGUGAAUCAUGAAAAAUUUUUGGAAGAACAACAGAAAAAAUUAUUCGCAGCACCGCCAGUUAAGCGGGACUUUCGAAAAAUUAAACGUCUUCAAGACACAAAACUAUCGGAAGUGAAAAGUGUGUUGCCGUCCCAUUUUCUCAUAAAGGAUUACUUGUUGCCACGAAUGAUUGAUGACUACAAAUUUGCGGAAGAGAUUCGCGACGACACGGAAAAAGAAAUCAAGGAAAGGGAAAAUCGAUUAAAAUUGCGAAAAGAGACGAUAGAAAGGAGGCGAUUGAGCGAAGAGCUGGAAAGAGAAAAGAUUCAUCGCGAAUCUAAAGGAAUUACGUUUCAUGAUCCAAAAACUAUUGAAGUGGAAACUCAAACGGAGAGCGAGCUCUUGAAUGGAAUGCAAGAAAAUCAAAAAAGACGAAAAACAUCUCAAAUUCAAAAGACUCGUCUUCCGUCACUUUUAGACCCUUCUGAUGACUCCACAACUAGUUCAACAACUCUCAUAGCUGAAGCUCGAUCAUCUUUCAUUCCGUCUUUUGUCCAAGUAGUUCCUCAAAGUACUCCUCCCAAGUUCCUGUUUAGUCCAAAACGACGUUUGCGACCUCUUGAAGUCGUUAAAUCAAUGGACGAAAACGAAUCCUUGCAAUCGAUCCAAUUAAACGACAUUUUAUCAACAAUUUCUGAUGGAUUUGACGAAGACACCACGACUCUUUCGAAAUUUCUCGCUCACUUGGAGGACUUACACGAGAAGGAGAAGCCAUUUUUCCACACAGACUCCUACAUCGAUCGAUUUCUUGCGCAACUUGAAGCUAAAAAGGCCGAAAUGAACGCUGAAGAAGCAGCCAGGAAACUCAAAGAGCUGAAACAUCAACUGAGAAUGUCAAAAUUACUCGAAGCAAGUGAACGUGAAUCGACGUUUUAUCGUGUGCCAAAGAAAAGUAUUGCUGAAGUGUCAAAAUCUCGCGUUUGGAGUAUGAUUGAGCACAAAAAACGACGUAAAACGAAGACAAAUAAGGGAGUUUCAAAAUUUGUGAAAAGUAAGCAAAGUAGAGAAGAAGAAAAGAACCUCAAAAGAGAUUCAGAGUUGAAAAGACCAACGUCGGAAUCAGAAAUUGAAGAAGAAGAAGAAUUGACACUAAUUCCACAUUUUCCCGGAAAAUGGUCAAAGAAACAUGUUCAUUGUGAGAGUUUUGAUCCAGUCACUAAAAUAAUUACAUUUAAAUCCGGCUGUUUCGGGAAUUUCGGUCUGUUUACAUCAAAAUAUGUAAAUUUCCCCUUUAAAAAUUGGAAAAUCGUUCCAAAUGAACAAGAAGUCACUGUAACAUUAGAAGUUAAAUACACAACAGUCGAGUUCAAAAUAUCUUCGAAAGGCUUCAAAGCGGGAAUAUUUUUAAAGACAAAAUCAUUUUUGACGGAACUUGUGCCAAUUAUCACGGAUUUCGUUCCAUUUCAACAAUUGACGACCAAAUUGAAGUCAAUUAAUGUCAACGUCUUUCCCGAGCCUGAUGCUUGUUAUUAUUUGCCGAAUGUCCAUGAAAAAUUGGGACCUCUUGAAGAGCAUUGUUACAAGUCAAUGUCAAUGUUCUGUUUAACACAUGCCUUUAAAUCCACUUGUUGGAAUCGAUAUUCAGAUUUUCGGACAAUUCUUCUGGAAUCUAAAGCCGUCGAUAAAGAAGGAAAUUUUAGAGAGGUUUUAGUGACUCCAUUGAAAUCAGAAUUUGUGCAUAUCAGUCAAAAAUGCUCGGAAAAUGUUUGCGAUGUUGACUUACUCUUUACCUCAAAUCCGCCACAUCAGGACUUAUGA